GCUCUCUGUUGAUGUGAAGGAUGAAAUUUAUGAUGUUGUUGAGGCAGCACAGGAAUCCCAAUCCACUGUGGAGAAGACUAGCACAGCUGAGUUUACAUUGUAUGAAAGCUUACAGGAACAGAAUGAAUCUUUCUCAGAGAAAGCUGAGAAAAAUACUCCACCUAUCCCAGAGCCCAAGUCAACUGAGAGUAUACUCACUACCGCAUUGUCAUUGACUGUAACAACUCGUCCUAGUCAUGAUGCUAGAACGGACGAGCUUGGAUUGGCUGUCCCAGAACUGCAAGGAAAUGAUGACAGCACAAGCAAAGGAAACAAGUCUUUUCUUGAUGGUGUUCUUGUGUCACACGGAUAUACUGAUGACUCUAAUAGAGAACUACCAGGCAGAACAUCUACACAGACAUCAGAUGAACUGAACAGAGUUACACUUGAUGGCAAGACAUCACAUGGCCAGGAUACAAGCUCAGAAAAUAAGAUGACUGGAGAAGGUCAGAUUUCAGAAUCAUCACACCAGACUGAGCUAACAGCAAACGACAUUCUGUCAACCUAUGUUCAUAACCA